CCUCCUCCCCUUCAGGCCGCCUAGCGACAACUACUCUUCUCCGUCGGGUGUCCACUGAGUGACUGCAGCUGGAGAGACAAUAACUGUCUGCCACACAGCCUGAACUCGUUUCACCAUGGAUCAGCAUCAGGACUUCAACUCGAGCCUGGACGGCCACGCCGCCGUGCAAUUCAACUCCGGGGAGACCAUGGCCUCGGCUGCCCUGGCCAACAUGACACUGAAAGAACCCCAGGACCAGCAGGAGGUCAAGAAGCCUAACGGGAUGCCAGACGCACACAUGGGACCUGGGGACAUGGAAGAAGAAUUGCUGGAGCUGUCACCGGAACUGAAAUCACAGCCUCAAGCACCAGUGUCAGAGGUCUCUGUGUCGAAGAGCGCCCUCUCGGCUACCAGAGGGAUGACCGCUACAGGUCAAGCCAAGGCCAGUGCAGGGGCUGGGAAAGAAGCAGCUGAGAAAAAGACACCCAACGCCACCACACCUGUCAAAGCAUCCACCCCCAAACGACCCUCCUCGGUCCAAACCACCCCCAACAAAAAGCCUUGGUCCUCUUCCUCUGCCCCAGCCUGCAACACUAGCAGGCCCAGCUCAAUAUUUAAACCUUGUCCAGGCAGUGCAAGAGCCAGAGAACCCAGGCCAAGGACUGGAGAUGGGAAGACAGCCAGCACCAGGACACCAGGUGCCAAACCCCAGGGUGCUGGGACCAGGAUGCAGACCAAGACCACUGCUGGAGUUGAUUCCCCCAAGACGCCCCAAGACCGUAGUGGCUACAGCAGCCCCAGCGCACCCAAGUCCCCCGCCAGCCGGGAGGUGAAGAAGGUGGCAGUGGUGCGGACCCCUCCUAAAUCCCCUGGGUCCACGAGGGGGCGCAGUCCGGUGCCCCUGGCCGCCCCCAUGCCCGACCUGAAGAACGUCCGGUCAAAGAUUGGCUCCACGGAGAACAUCAAGCACUCGCCUGGUGGAGGACGGGUUCAAAUUACUCACAAAAAGAUUGACCUCAGCAACGUACAGUCAAAGUGUGGAUCGAAGGCCAACAUUCACCACAAACCAGGUGGAGGCAAUGUGGAGAUCAAAUCCGAGAAGAUGGACUUCAAGGUGCAGUCUAAGAUUGGGUCCAUGGACAACGUUGGUCAUGUGGCUGGAGGUGGCGGGCGGAAGAGAGAGAAGGGGAAGGAAGCCGAGAGGGUUUCUGGAGAAGGAGACACCUCCCUAAAUAGGGAAGCUCCUAUCCCAAGCUCUACUGGCCCCUCCACUGAUCCCCCUCAGUCGCCCCGUUCUGAACACAGCCCAAUCGAGGGGGCGUCCUGGUAAAGCUAGAAGUCUCCAAUUGAAAGCCACAAACUGAGUUUCCGUGAGACGGCGAAAGCCCGCACCGACCACGGAGCGGAGAUUGUCCCCGUGGAGAUAAUCGCAGGCGGCUCACCCGCCCGUCUUCUCAGCAACGUGUCGUCCCCUGGCAGCCAGAACAUUACAGACGCGCCGCCGCUAUCCAUGCUAGCCGACCAGGUCUCCGCCUCCCUCGCCAAGCAAGGCCUGUGAUUCGACCACGUCCCUCCCUGAAAAAGCAUUGUAGGUUACCAAGGGAACCAACCACGUGAUAAAAAAGAGAAACGAAGAGAAAAAGAAGCACCUCACUGAGUCUCCCUUCCUCCUUGAAAUUCAAAGUCGCUCGCAGGAUUUGCCGACCGGGGAUAUCAGUCAGGGCAAAGUGGUCCGUUAAUGAACAGCUUAUGGUCUUGAUAGUUAGAUAGACACAGGUAAUGAAAACAUAUACGUGAAAGAAAAGCAACAUUAUUCUACACCCAUAAAAACGCAGCCAGGCCUUCUUAUAAAGACAUUUACCCUACUUUCCAUUUACAGUGCAAUUAAUUGGGCUGCUCAAUUCGAACGCAACUGCUCGCAUGAAAAUAUUGCACAUUACUUUGCUUAUUGCCAUGCAGUGGAUGUUUGCAUUUGCUCAUUUAAGCCUUAAAAUGUGAAGUAGCCAAAGACUCAAAUCUUUUCUCAACUAGAAAAGAUCAGCUAAAUUAAAGUGACACUGUACUAUACCAUUCAAAUGAUACUAAGUGCCAAAUAGACUGUUGCCCUUUCGUGCUUAAAACAUUAAAACACUCCGAUAUUCCCCAGUUGAGAAAUCCGCGAAGAUUUAUUUACGGUAUAAUGAAAUUCGAACGUUGUCGUAAACAGUUGCUGUGAUGUAAUGAAAAGCGUGUGACUCUGCCUUUGAGAUGAUUAAAGUAGACAUUGUUUGUGAAAUUAUAAAAUAAACAAUUUUCAUGAGAAGGACAAUUACAAGUCUAUUACCCAGAAUAUUUAACUUAAGAGUUAAAGCCCAUGGCCCGUUCAAAACAUUUCAAGGAGGAUCCCAUUGCUGAGCAAUUGAAAUCAAUUAAGUAAUCAAUUAAUUAUGGAGUAAUGGAGCUACAUUGUGCAUAUGUCAAUCAAUUGGAUAAGAUUGCUAAUUUGAAGUUGAGGGGUUUUUGUGUGUAUGGUAUAGUCUACGUGCCGAUAUUUUGGUGGUAUAUCACCAAUCCUCACCAAGUUUCUUCUCAGCAGUGUGUCUGAAUCUGAGUACCUCCCCGUUGAUUUCUAGAACGGAAAUCCAUUCUAGACCAUCUGUUUGGUCCAGAGCCAGAACACACCUGGGUAUAGGGGCGUUAUGAAAUUGUCAUUGGCUUUGAUACUCUGAUUGGUUAGAGAUGAUCCAAUUGCUGAUUACUUUGUUUUGUACAACACCCCUUAUUUUGACGUCAACAAACGACUUGAACGAUGGCUGUCUCAGACUGCAGUAUGUAGGAAUGAUUGAGCAGCGGAAGAAUUCAGUUUGAGUGGUCAGGCAAUAGAAAUGCCACUGCAUACCCACAACACACAUGCCUAGACAAGUCUCAAUUUUACCUGCAUGAAAUUCAAAGCCUGAUAUAGGAUGUGCUCCAAAUCUCUACCCUACUCCAAAAGUGUGCACUUGCACACUCCCUCUGUCAAAGAUGACCAAAUGACCACCCCCUACCUACCCACAGCGCACUACUUACGUAGCGAAUUUUAACUAAAGUAAAUAUUUCUUCGCAAUGACAGAGCACUCUUUUUUUACGCUGUAGAUCAAACCUUAUGUUGCGCACUUUCUUUCCUACUAGUAGCCCUAUUCUGUGGAUGUAAGACAUAUUAAACUGCUAUUUACGAAUGCUUGUAGAUGCACCUGCUGACACCCUGCUAUUAUUUUUUUAUACUCCCGACCCUCACGAUGCAUUCUUGUGAUUGAAGGUAGUUUUUACACACUGAAGUUCUCAAGUUGACCACCACUACAUGGGUGUGAAUGAUAACUGGCUGGCUUUCCUCCUCAUUCCUCAUGGUCAACAUGAACAUUAUGUACUGUGCUGAAAAUAUUUUAAAAGGGGGUUAAGCGGAUAUUAAUUGUUACGAUUGAACAAAUCUAUUCAAGGUAAGACAUGUAAGCAUAUUAACUACCGAAAGCCCCCAAAAUACUCAAAUCAAAUGUUAUGUCACAUGCUUCAUAAACAGGUGUAGACUAACAGUGAAAUGUUUACUUAUGAGCCCUUCCCAACAAUGCAGAGAAAAAUAAGGAAUAAAUACACAAUGAUUAACGAUAACUUGGCUAUAUACAUGGGGUACCAGUACAGAGUCGACGUGCAGGGGUACAAUGAAAUUGAGGUAGAUAUGUACAUAUAGGUAGGGAUACUAAGACUGAUAUUCACGUUAAUCCACAUAUCCGUUUAGACCGUUUUAGAAAAGGUACCAUAAAACAACCCUAUGCACCUUGUGUGGUGAAUGAUGUUCCGUAAAAGUGGAAGGCUGUUUUUUCCAAGUUAGUAUUUUAUUUCGAAGCUGAAAAUUGAAAUGUCAUGUCACUCUUCUAGUUUUUCCCAGGUAACCACAUACAGUAAAUUAAUCUGAGUGGUUUACUAUUCUGAAAGGACAGCAUAACCUCAUUUUAUUCAUUAAACCUUUUAAUGACUGACAUUUUAAGCAAACUGGUAAUUGUACUGUAAUUAAAUCUGUUGCAACAAGAGGGGAAGAAAGUUGGUGCAAAGGGUGUUUAGGAUUUAAGGGAAGGAAAAGGGUAAUUUGGGGCUUUUCAGUGUAGUAAAUAACUUUUCCCUUUUGCCUCAUAAAGGGAACAAUGAUACAAGUUAACUAGCUUCUCUCCUCCCCAUGUCCCGUUUUGUUUCUCCUUCUCUUCUGAGUUUUUAUUUUUGACAGUCGUGAUUGUCCUUGUGAUGUGCAUUUUAUUAAUAUUUGGUUUACACUGAUACUUGUUGCUGUAAACGUGGAUUAGGAAAUAAAGUCAGUAUUGGAACA